AUCAUCGGAAGGGAUGAAAGAAUCGCGACGCGCUCGGUUUGCCAAUUGUUGUCUGUGAAUGGUACCUUGUGCCCUUAUUGUUGUUGCUGGACUGUGUGUGGUGUGGCCAAGGAAACAUAGGGAAAAAACUCCGAUUCCAAACCGUGUGCCAUUAUAUCUGAUCAGUGGCCAGCGAAGCGCACUCGGCAAGAGGAAAAUCGAUAUUUUCUUUUGCGCUUCCCUGUGUAGUUGCUAUUCGGCAUAUUCGACUCUCUAAAGAGGUGAUUAAAAGAAGGUGCGAUUCCUUCUUCUUCCGCUGUGGCUGCACAGAGACGGAAUGGGUCACCGGACAAAGCCACGGAGGCACUGAGGAACCGCGGGGCUGUGACCUUGGAUUAUGAUUUGUGAAAAAUUGUCGGAGGGUUUUUGGCUGAGCGUGUUUCUAAGUAAGAAAAAUGUGCAAACUUUCGACCAGCAGAAAGUAUCCUAGCUACUAGGAUUAAAUCCCUGUUCAGGAGGAUAUUACUUGUUUUCGGUUUGCCUACGGAAGGGAUAAUCCUUCCGGAGAUUAUGCACAUAGGCGACUCAAGAAAAAAAAUGAACAAACGUUCAGUGUGUUGAAGUGUUUAUGAAGCAGAUCCGCAUUGUUACACCAAAGAAAGUGAAGUGACCCCUAAUCAGAUUUGCACUCACGACGGCAUGAGUGUAACGUGCUUGAAAUACUUAUAAUCUGUGUUCCUGGUUUGUGCCCUCACCGGUAAAAGUGCGAUGUGGAUGAAUGCUAGAACCCAACAGAGGUUGUAAAAUGCUAGACCUACUUUGGAUUAAAACCUUAAGCUAAAUGUUUUCGAUGCGCAUGUGGGGGUGAUAAAGGAAGCAAUCUCAGUAGGCAGGAACGUGACGUAAAACAACUCGCGUGACUAAGCGAAAACGAAAUUGCGGAAAAAAGGAAAAACAGUUAAGUAGGCGGUGAAGGGAAGUCUCCUGCUUCUCCUCGUCCUCCUUCUCGUAGGGAGGGUAAGGCAGGUACGACGAAAUGAAGCACAUUAACUCCGGUCGUAGUCUGGGAAUUCGAAGCGCUCGGUCAAGGUGUUCAACGUAGGUAAAAACAAGAUUCACGAGAAUUAUACAACCACCCACAUUCACAAGACUGAAACCGUUUGGACGACGACGCCCGGAACGGAAAUGGAAUUCAUGCUAAGGAAUAUAAUCAUAUCGCUUCUGAUCUUCGUCUUCGGGCUGGCAAAAGAUAUCUGCUUCUGCCUGCAACUAACGGCAGUCCGCAUCCCGGAGCACGUGACCAAAAACAGCACCGUCCAGCUCGAAUGUACCUAUGACCUGAACGGCGAACAACUGUACUCUGUCAAAUGGUAUAAAGACGGCAACGAGUUCUUCAGAUUUGUUCCUAGAGAUAAUCCUCCAGCUCAGCUAUUCCUCCUGACUGGGGUGUCAGUUGAUCUACUAAAUUCGACUGCAAAUCAGAUAGUUCUAAACAACGUGACGCUAGCGUCGUCCGGGCGAUACCGCUGUGAGGUGUCAGCGGAGGCACCCUCGUUUCAGACCGUCUCUAGCCACGGUGACAUGGUGGUGGUCGCACUGCCGGACACGGACCCAAAAAUCACCGGUGGCAGGCCCCGCUAUCAAAUCGGUGACACCGUGCGAGUCAACUGCACCUCGGGUCGGUCCAAGCCGGCAGCCCAGCUGACGUGGUUCAUCAACGGCGACGAGGCUGAAGUGAACGCUCUGCGCCCUUACAACACUGUGAUAACCGGGAGAGAAGGCCUACAGACUACCAUUUUAGGAUUAGAGUUCCGAGUGAGGCUGCGACAUUUCAAACGCGGUGAUAUGAAGCUGAAAUGCAUCGCAAAGAUAGCACAAUUAUACUGGAAGAGCAACGAGGAAAGUGUGGAGGGUGACAAACAACCACCGGCGCUCGAGUCGAAAGAGACUCUGCAUCCGAAUGGAUCCCGGGCGGAUCGACAAGAAAGCAACUCCAGCUCCAGUAACCACCGGCGGAGAUUUAUGGCAAGAGUGGCUACAAAUGUGCUACUGUCGCUCGUGGUGCUGCUCAACUCGUUAUCCUCGGCGUCGGCGCUGGCGACGGUGGUCCUGUCUCCGGUUCUGCCAAGGUCCUCGAUCGGACGGAGAUAACUCCGUGCUCCACCACUUCAGGACAGCGAUAUCACUACUAGUAGCACUAAACUAUCACAACGGUAUAUCUCGCCCAGGCGAAUCACGUAUCUUAGUGGCUUUUAUAUUACGUUUUAGAUUUUAAUGAAGAAGUAACGACUCCUCCUCGUCAUUCCCUCCCCCCCCCCCCUCCCUUCGCCACACUGAAAGUACUUUUUAGAUUAAAUUGAAUGCCAAAGAUAUAAAAAGGGAAGCUGUAAAUUUUGUGAGAUUACCACUCGGAGGGAAUACGGGAAAAAUGGCAACGGAAACUCGUAGGAAACCGUCGGUGCCACAAAUAGGAAAGAGCGAGAAUGCAUCAAACUGUAAGAUAUGGUACUGUAAAUACGUGUAAAAUUUGUUUCCAAGUUUUAUCGAAUGAACCGAAUAGCGCAGAAUAGGACACACAAUGCAGGCUACUUGAAGAAGUUUAUCUUAAGUUGCUACUUUAGGGAAAAUUUAGGCAAAACAAAACAAGGAAAACAAUACAAGGUUGAUAACAUCGAUCACUUAAGCGGUCUCGCAAUUACUUACAUGUCAAUUCUGAUGGAAACCGUUACAAGAUGGAAGCCGAAACGUGUUUCUAUAAAACAGAACAAAAAUAAACAGUAUUACUUAUCGUUGAACUAAUCUAAUACACCACAAACACACAACAACAACAAAAAAACUGAAACAGACUAAUUCGUCAUAUCAGGUGGAAUACGCGUAAAA